AUGUUGUUUUGCCUAUUUAUUAUUUCAUCAAUUUUUAUUCCUAUAAAAACAAUAUCUAUUGAGGACUCUAAUUCAACAACAAUUUUUAGUACUGAUAAAUUACCAAGAGUUGGUCCUGUGCUUGAUUUUCGAAUUUUACCAUAUAUUGGUAAUGGUCACAUUGCUACUGUUGUAUACAGUGAUUUUAUUUAUAUGAGUGGACUUUAUAAUGGUGAAAAUGCUAUCGACCACGUUUUUCCAAGUACAAUAAAUUGGAAAUUUAUAAUAAUAUCAAAAUCAUCAUUAUAUACUUUAAAUGUUUCACCAGGUAUAUUCAUUGAAACCCAUCAAAAUCAUGAAGUUCGAACUGAACGACGUUUGUUUGCUUCGCAAUAA